AAUACAUUGGCACACUCGAAUACAUACGUCUGUAAUUAGUCAUAUGAACUAAAUAUUUACAAAAACAUUUUAAUUAUAAAACAAACUUCAUACAAUGUCAAGCUUUGAUUUAUCAAUGUAACAAUGCGGUGGUAUAUAUUCAGUGCAUUAGCACUGAUUAGUGUCGUUUGCGGCCAAGAAAUUCCAGAAACAUGCCUAUCUGUUGACCCGGAGCCGUACCUGCUAUUUGGAACGAAGACAGCGUACACCUUCUCUAACAGAGCUGUGCCUGUGGUCCGGUCGCAUGAGGUUCCUGGUUGUCAACCAGCAGCAAUUUGGUUGCUGAAUCGGCACGGAUCACACAACCCUGAAGCGGACGAAUUAUCUGAACUACAGAAGCUAAUAGAUUUCAAGAACAACGUCAUAUCCAAUUACAGGAAUGGAAACUUUAGAAAUACUAAUCAACGCAUGUGUGCGGCUGACGUGAACCUCUUAGAACAAUGGUCGUGGAACUCUCGUCAGAACGCGACAUACGCCGGUGACCUGACCACGGACGGUUACAUGUCAACGCAGCAACUUGCCCAAGCAUGGAAGUCUAAGUACCCUGGACUAUUCACUGAUAACCGUUACGAUUAUUUGUUCAAAUAUGUUAACGACCAACGAUCCAGUACAACAUUCCGUGCGUUUACUGAGGGACUGUUCAGGGACCAGGCUGAAGGAAUGGAUGUUCCCAAAGAGACCGACGAAAAAUUACUUCGGCCUUACAAAUUCUGCCCAGCGUGGACGAGAGAUGUUGAAGAAAACAAUGAAACGCUAGCACAACUUAGAACAUUUGAAUCUAAGCAAGAAUAUAAAGAGAUGAUAACCAACAUCUCAUUAAGACUUGGUUUUACCUACGAUAUAAGUCUUGCAACAGUUUUGAGCAUGUACGAAAUGUGCCGUUAUAACAAGGCGUGGGAAAUCGAAAAAAUAUCGCCCUGGUGUUCUGUGUUCACAAAAGAGGAUAUUAAACGACUUGAGUUUUCGGAAGAUUUGGAAACGUAUUACAAAUACGGUUACGGAACUCCGAUGAAUCAAAAAAUUGGUUGCACAGCUGUAAAGGAUAUGAUGGAGUUCUUUAAAAUUCACUUAGAUCAAGAAACUCCUCAGCAGCCGAAAGCAACAGUCCAUUUCACGGAAGCGGAAAUGAUACUUCUGACUCUGACAGCGCUCGGCGGAUUCAGAGAUUCAGCUCCGCUUACUGGUGACAAUUACCAUACACAGACCGCGAGAGAGCGACGCUGGAGUUCCUCUAACAUGACCCCUUUCAACGCAAACCUAGCUGCCGUGCUUUACAAGUGUGUACCAAACAAUAACAUAAAGAUCAGAGAGCCAUACCAAGUAUUAUUCCUGUCUAACGAGCGCACCCUGUAUUUAGACGGCUGUAAUGUUGGCCUUUGUGAUUGGAGUUUAGUCAAGAACCGCCUUGGCCUAGUCGCUGAUAACUGUGAGCUAAGUUUUUGUAAUGGAGCCAAUAAAGUUAACUUUAUGGGGAUGGGUGCUGUUGCAAUCUUUGCUUUAUACAGAUUAAUAUUUUGAAUAGAUAUUGUCCUUACCAAUGUUAGCAUUUAUUAAAAUUUUAAUGUUUGUUACUUAUGUGUACAGAGACGCACUAAUGUGGUCCUUCAGCGCUUUUGGAGCCUUUAAGCCCUAAUACUUAAUAGUGAGUCAAAAAUAUACCUGAAUCUCAAAAGCUAUAAUGUGUUAAUUUUUAAUUCACUUUUGUUUUGAUGUUUGUCAGAUUAAUGUAAAAUUUCAUAUAUGUGUUUUCACUAUGUAUAAAUACGAUGUCAAAUAUGACAUACAUAAUAGGACGCAAGGCAUUAUUCACUAUAGUUACACACGGGUUAUAUAUCCCAAAUACCAUUUAAGCUACAAAUUGACUCUAUAGAAAAGUUAAUUUUGUAAAAAAUCAUAUUUGCUUGGACGUAAAAUAUACGACGGUUAUUUUGGUUAUUCAUAUCCAUCGGACGUUGAGGCUCCAAUGUUGUGUUUUUAGCUAAACUUAUUUUCAGUCCGUCACUUGAUUAUUUUGCUAAUUGUUAUUUAAUCAUUUUAAACUAUACACAUUUUUCAAUACAUAUAUGAAUUAACAAAUAAUAUGCUUUAUAUAUUUGUGAUUUUAUUGUUUUCUGUAAAAUGUAUUAAGAUUUAAGUGUUAAAGAGUAAUGUCUAGGUUGUAGAAUUUAUUUUUUGUACUUAUUUGUGUAGCGCCAUUAUUAUAGACCAUAAAUCAUGUUGUUUCUGUAUAGAGUACAGGUAGAGACGAUUAUAGACAAUUAAUCUAGCGGUUACUGAGUCAUUCAAUAACAUAUUAGCUGUAGGUAGUGAACCACAGAUACAAGAGAGUAUGGAAAAGUGAUACACCUAUUUUACCUUCCAAUUGGAUCUAUGGUAAUAGAGACGAGUCUUACAGUAUGAUGAAGCCACCACGCAAAUUUACUUGUAUUUAUAUGUAUUGGAACAAGAAAAUAUUAAGCUUUGUAUAUUGGCAUAGUAUAGUAAAGUUUUAGCGCAUUAUGCCAAAUUUAUACAGUAUUUUCUUUUUAUACAUUCUUCUUUGUUUUUAAUUUAAUUUCGUGUUAUUCAUAAAAAUAAGAUUAUUUUCGUUAAAAUUGUUUAAUCCGAAAAAACUCCACUCGACAUAACGAAAUGUCAUAUUAAAAAAAAUUGUGCGAGACAUUUUUAAAUAAAAAAUAGUCUAAGCGUUUAUGUGAAACGUUUUUUUUUUUAAUUUUAUGAAAACAGUUAACACAUUAAAAUUAGUUGUCUUGCACCAGAGCUUUAAGUGUUAGAAAUAAAAAUGUUGUCAAAAUC